GCGUGUCGGAGAGCCAGGCGGAGAGACAGUGAAGCCUGAACUGAGCAGCGAACUGUUGGGAAGUGACUGGCGGACAGACCCCUGCUCGCUGCCGGCCGCCCUCUCGCCCGCCGCGGACUCUCGCCUCGUUUGUAUGAGACAGGACGUCAACUUUGGUCGCUCCGGCAGAGCUUCAGGGUGUUGAAGAUGGCUGUGUGGAUCCAGGCCCAGCAGCUUCAGGGAGAUGCCCUGCACCAGAUGCAGUCGCUGUACGGUCAACACUUUCCCAUCGAGGUGCGACAUUACCUGUCCCAUUGGAUAGAGGGCCAGCUCUGGGAUGCCAUAGACCUGGAGAACCCCCAGGAAGAGUUCAAGGCCAAACGCCUGCUGGACAGCCUCAUACAGGAGCUGCAAAACAAAGCUGAGCACCAGGUCGGAGAGGAUGGCUUCCUGCUUAAAAUCAAACUGGGACACUACGCCAACCAGCUCAAGAGCACGUAUGAUCGCUGUCCCUUGGAGCUGGUGCGAUGUAUCAAACACAUCCUCUACACAGAGCAGCGGCUCGUCAGAGAGGCCACCAAUUCGAGCUCUCCGGUUGGCGGGAUGAUGGACAGCAUGUCUCAGAAAUACCAGCAGAUCAACCAGGCUUUCGAGGAGCUUCGCUUGCUCACCCAAGACACUGAAAAUGACCUGCGCAAGCUCCAGCACAACCAGGAGUACUUCAUCAUCCAGUACCAGGAGAGCCUCCGCAUCCAGGCUCAGCUGACCAGCCUGGCCACACUGCCCCCUGCUGACCGGCAGCUCCGGGAGCCGGCCCUCCUCAGCAAGAGAGCCACCGUGGAGGCCUGGCUGACAAGAGAGGCCAACACACUACAGAAGUACAGACUGGACCUGGCAGAGAAGCACCAGAAAACACUGCAGCUGUUGAGGAAGCAGCAGACGCUCAUUCUGGAUGACGAGUUGAUCCAGUGGAAGAGACGGCAACAGCUGGCGGGGAACGGAGGCCCACCGGAGGGAGGCCUGGACAUCCUUCAGUCCUGGUGCGAGAAGCUGGCAGAAACCAUUUGGCAAAACAGGCAGCAGAUCCGGAGGGCAGAGCACCUCAGACAGCAGCUCCCCAUCCCCGGACCGAUUGAGGAGCUGCUCAAUGAACUCAACAGUACCAUCACCGACAUCAUCUCAGCACUGGUCACCAGCACGUUCAUCAUCGAGAAGCAGCCUCCCCAGGUUCUCAAAACCCAAACUAAGUUUGCCGCCACGGUCCGCCUCCUGGUUGGCGGGAAGUUAAAUGUGCACAUGAACCCUCCACAAGUCAAAGCCACCAUCAUCAGUGAGCAACAAGCCAAGGCCCUGCUGAAGAAUGAAAACACAAGGAAUGAAAGCAGCGGAGAGAUUCUCAACAACAAUUGUGUGAUGGAGUACCACCAGACUACAGGCACGCUCAGCGCACAUUUCAGGAACAUGUCUUUAAAGAGGAUCAAACGGUCGGACAGACGAGGAGCAGAAUCGGUCACGGAAGAGAAGUUCACCAUUCUGUUCGAGUCCCAGUUUAGUGUCGGAAGCAAUGAGCUCGUCUUCCAAGUGAAGACGCUUUCGCUUCCUGUAGUGGUGAUAGUUCACGGUAGCCAAGACAAUAAUGCCACAGCAACUGUGCUGUGGGACAAUGCUUUUGCAGAGCCGGGACGGGUGCCUUUCCUCGUGCCAGAUAAAGUGCUUUGGCCGCAGCUGUGCGAUGCCAUCAACAUGAAGUACAAGGCGGAGGUGCAGAGCAACCGGGGCCUGUCCGAGGAGAACCUGGUCUUCCUGGCCCAGAAGGCCUUCAGCAGCUCCAGCAACAACCCCGACGACUACCGGAGCAUGACCAUGACCUGGUCACAGUUUAACAGGGAAAGCCUCCCCGGCAGGAAUUUCACGUUUUGGCAGUGGUUUGAUGGCGUGAUGGAACUCACAAAGAAGCAUCUGAAACCACACUGGAAUGAUGGCGCUAUCUUGGGCUUCGUGAACAAGCAGCAGGCUCAGGACAUGCUGAUGUCCAAACCCAACGGUACCUUCCUCCUGCGCUUCAGUGACUCUGAGAUCGGAGGGAUCACAAUCGCAUGGGUGGCAGAAAAUCCCAACAAAGCAGGGGAAAGGAUGGUGUGGAACCUAAUGCCCUACACGACCAAAGACUUCUCCAUCCGCUCUCUGGCUGACCGAAUCAGCGAUCUCAACCACCUCCUGUUCCUCUACCCUGACCGACCCAAGGAUGAGGUCUUCUCCAAAUAUUACACCCCGCCUCUUUCCAAGGCGGUGGAUGGUUAUGUGAAGCCACAGAUUAAACAAGUGGUGCCUGACUUUGCUACCCCUAAUCCAGACCCAGCCACUGGAAACCCAACCUAUAUGGAUCAAGGUGCCUCCCCAGCACCUGUCAAUCACCAUCACUCCUACGGCAUAUAUCCACCCAUGAGCGACUCGAUGCUGGAUCCAGACGGAGACUUUGACCUGGAUGACACCAUGGAUGUGGCGAGACAUGUGGAGGAGCUCCUCCGACGGCCUGUGGAGAGCCAGUGGGGCGGCCAGCAGUCCUGACCCUUGACCCUUUGACAUGCGACACCACAAAACAAGUCCUGCCUCCAAACUUACCCCUACUCAUGUUGACAUGGUUUAAUUCCUCUCAUCUCACAUUUUAUCAUAUUGCUAUAAUGUGAAAUUGUUAAUAAUGGUUGUGAUCGUUUAUUUUAUUUUUUAUUUUUUUUCCUUUUCGGCAUGAAAACGUGCACGUCCGUGAUUUCUUAUAGUUUGUGUCCAUUUGAGUCUUUGUAAAACAGGCGAGGUAUAAUAAACCUACAAUGUUACAGUUUUGUGAAACAAGGAAAGAAGAAGUAUUGGAUAAGAAGUAUUGUUCAUGCACACGCGCAUGCAUUUUCAAAUUCUUUUAAAGUGAUUUGAAAACUAUACUACUGUGUGACGGUACUUUAGGAGCUGAAUGAUUUUAUUUUAUAUCUCCUGCUUUGUAAAUGGGUUAUCUUUACCUGAUUGCGUCAUCGAUCCUGUUCUUGGACACAAAAAAAAAAGAAAGAAGAAAAAAAAGACUUUAAAGAGAGUUUUGCUUUGGUUCUGAAGAACAUCAUUCGAGUCAUCGCUUGUCAGUUAUGGAAGCGCGUAUACACUAACCUAACGGCAGACUGACGGCGCACACAUCAGCAUAGGCUUAAGAUUUCGUUGUUCUGAUUUGUUCACCAGCUGUAACGGAGAGGAGUGUAUGCACCUCCCUCCCUCUCACAGGGCUAUCCGUCUUCUGUUUGUACACAGAAAUGCAAAUGUCAGCAUUUACCCGGCGCUGCCUGCUUGUCCUCUCAGGUCC